AUGUAUCGGGGUUCUUUCGCACCGCCCCCUGCACAGUCGCCGCCUCUGCACCACCCCGUCCCGCAGCAUGUGUCGACCGUGCCGAUGAUGCGCUCACCUCCCCCUCCUUCCCAGCAGACGCCGAAUGCUGGCUAUGGCGGGAAUCCGUACCAGUCCUCACCAGCUCAAGGCGGCCCGCAGAACUACCAGGGAGGUCCCGGAUUCGGUGGGUUCAUGAACGACCCGACAGCGCAGAUGGGAUUCCAGGUGGGCAAGAGCGCGAUGGCGGCUGGACAGGAGUAUAUGGAACAGAACUUCAAUCGCUAUGUCUCCAUACCCGCGCUGAAGCACUACUUCAACGUCUCCAACUCCUACGUCCUGAACAAGAUCGCCCUCGUCCUCUUCCCCUGGCGACACAAGCCUUGGUCCCGACAGCAGGCUCGAAUGGCAGCCACCGCGGGCCCGAGCGGCCAAAUUACCCAGCAAACGUACUCGUCCAUGUUCCUGCCCCCGCGGGAUGACCUCAACUCGCCCGACAUGUACAUCCCUGUGAUGGCGCUGGUCACAUACAUCCUGCUGUCAGUGUUGCUGGCAGGUUUCCGCGGCCAUUUCCACCCGGAGCUGCUGGGGUCGAUCACAACCACUGCAAUUGCGGUGAUUCUGUUUGAAAUCCUGUGCCUCAAAAUGGCCAUGUACAUCCUCAGCAUCAACAACGACUCGCAGCUCCUGGACCUGGUCGCGUACUCGGGGUACAAGUUUGUGGGGAUCAUCGUUACAUUGGUUGCAUCUGAGAUACUGACGCCCGGCCGCGGAACGGGUAGCUGGGUCGGCUGGACGGUGUUUGUGUACACCUUCCUCGCGAAUGCUUUCUUCUUGCUUCGUUCGCUGAAAUACGUCCUACUGCCUGAUUCGGCCGAUGCCUCGAUCAGAGCCGGUGGUUCUAUGCAAACCGUCGCUCGGUCCCAGCGCAACCGUCGUACCCAAUUCCUCUUCGUCUACUCGUACGUUAUCCAGUUUGUUUUUAUGUGGGUGCUCAGUCGUGAGGGACCCUCUGCUUUGGCCGCCAACGGUGGCUCCUCAUGA